AUGAAGGUGAAUGUGACAGUGAGUCGCUCUGCAGGCAGUGAGGGCAGUGUGUGGGUGAGCUAUCAGACCUCAGGAGGCACAGCGGUCAGUGGAGAGGACUUCGCUCCAGCUUCAGGGCGACUCCUCUUCUCCCCAGGACAGACCUCAGAACAGCUCACACUGCACAUCCAGGACGAUGACCUUCCAGAGGAGAGUGAGAUGUUCCUGCUCAACAUCACCGACGUAGAGCUGCUCAAUGUCAGUGGUGUGGAUUACAGCGUGAGGGAGGGGGGUCUCCAGCUGGAUCAGCCUCCAGAUAUAGGAAACAUCUCUUCUCUGUCUGUGGUCAUACUGAAGAAUGACAACGCUGAGGGGAUCCUGGAGUUCAGGCAGGAUUAUCUCAACAUUACAGUUGAGGAGGAUGUGGGCUCUGUGUUGAUCCCGGUGGUGAGGAGAGCGGGCUCUUAUGGACUGGUCUCAGCUCAGUUCACUUCCAGAGGCCUGAGUGCGACCCCUGACCUCGACUUCAUCCUAAACAACGACUCAGUGACGUUCCUCAAUGGCCAGAAUAUCAGCUUCAUCAAUGUCACUAUUAUAGACGACCUCGACAGUGAGUCUGCCGAGGUGUUUGAGGUCCUGCUGGUUGGAGCUACAGGAGGAGCAGUGCUGGGCUCUCAGCAGGUUGCAAGGGUUACCAUCUCCAAAAGUGACUCUCCAAGUGGGGUGGUCCGUUUCCUGAACGAAAGCCUGAUCACCGUGGCCAACCCAAACUCCACUCGCAAACUCUCUCUGGUUUUGGAGAGGGCAGGAGGCCUAGUGGGCAACGCAACUGUUGCUUGGAUCAUCCGAGGCCCUAACAGCAGAGAGCUCCUCCCCCCAUUAAACACAGACAUUAGAGAGCCUGUGAGCGGCUCCUUCUUCUUCAGCGAUGGAGAGGAGGGUGUGCAGACCAUAGAGCUGAGGAUCCUUCCUCAUGGGGAAGUGGAGGUGGAGGAGACAUUUGUUAUAGAGCUCAGCGUUCUGUCUGGAGAGCUGGAGGUGGAUCCUCAGGCUGGUUCCAUCACACUGAAGAUAGAGAAGUUUGGAGACCCGAAUGGAAUAGUCCAGUUCACUGAAGAUGCUCUCCGGGAGCGUGUCUACAAUGAAUCCACAGAGGCAGAGGGUCCUUUCAACGUGUCCCUGCUCGUCACACGCAGAGAGGGAGUCAUGGGUAACAUCACGGUGCAUUGGCAGAUCCAGAGCGACUCAGACACAGCGGGGGACUUCCUCGCCUCAUCUGGCUCCGUGAUGAUCCCAGAGGGCCAAAGGGAGGCGGAGGUCGUCCUCAGUCUGAUGCCUGACACAGUGCCGGAGCUGGAGGAGCUCUACACCGUCCAGCUCACUGCUGUGGAGGGUGGAGCUACUCUGGAGGCCAACCCAAACCUCACCAGGACACGCAUCAGGGUGCGUGCUAACGAUGAGCCCUACGGUGUCUUUGCCCUGAACCCUGAGGAAAUGUCUAUAAUGGUAUCAGUGUCGGACUCUGAGGUCAGCAGAGCUCUGGUUCUGAAUGUGACCCGGCAUCAGGGGCUGUUUGGAAACAGCAGUGUGGGCUAUAGGGUCAGUGGAGGGGUUAAUGCAGUGAUGGACAUCCAGGAGAUCCUCGGAGGACAGGCUGAAGGACGGCUGCUGUUCAGAGAGGGACAGAGCUUCAGUACCAUCACUCUGCCCAUCAGCAACCAG